GUGGAGUUUUAAAGGAGCAACUGGGCUGUUAAAGGAAAAACAAGUGACUCACUCACUUUAGGUAGUGUUCUUCGACAAAACACAGUGAGUGAACAUGGCGACUGCUUCCAGUUUUCUAUCCGAAGAACAGUUUCUGUGCUCCAUCUGUCUGGAUGUGUUCACAGAUCCCGUCACCAUACCAUGUGGACACAACUUCUGUAAGACGUGCAUCACAAAGCACUGGAACAUCAGCCGCCACCAGCAGUGUCCGCUGUGUAAGGAGCAGUUUGAUCCCAGACCAGCUCUGCGGAUCAACACCUUCAUAUCUGAGAUGGCUUCUCACUUCAGGAAUGCCAGGAGCUUGUCAGGACAAGUGUCGCCCGGCUCAGGAGGGAUUCUGUGUGAAGUGUGCACCAAACCCAAACAGAAAGCCUUUAAGUCCUGCCUGGUGUGUGCUACUGCCUAUUGCCAUACUCACCUGGAGCCCCAUACGAGAAUCACAGUGCUGAAGAGACAUACAUUGAUCAAUCCAGUCAUGAUGUGCGGGAAGCAUGAGAGGCCUCUGAAGCUGUUCUGCAAGACCGAUCAGAGGUGUGUGUGUCCAAGCUGUGCUGCGUCCGACCACAAGAAGCAUCAGGUUGUCGCUCUGACGGAAGAGUGUGAAGAAAAGAAGAAAGAGCUGGAGAAGACUAGAGUUUGUGUUGAGCAGAUGAUUCAGGAGAGAUUACUAAAGAUGGAGCAGUUGAAGCAGUCGGUGAAGCUCAGCAAGCAGGAUGCGGAGGAAGUGACAGCAGCUGUUGUGGAGGACUGUUCGGAUCUCAUCAGUUCUGCAAGAAAAAGUCUGGAUCAUUUCAUCGACAUGAUUGUACAGAAGCAGAAAGCAACAGAAGAACGGGCAGAAAGCUUCAUAAAAGAGCUGGAAGAGGAAAUCUCCACACUGAUGAAGAAAAGAUCUGAGCUGAUGCAGCUGUCGCAAAUCGAAGACCACUUCCAUCUGCUCCAAAACACCCCAACAAUGACGGUUACCGCCAAGGACUGGACCAAGGUCAGAGUCCAAUCCUCCUGCGAUGCGACGGUGAGGACGGCUGCAGCUCAACUGGAGACGAUCAGAACAGAGAUGAAGAAGCUCUGCGCUCGCAUUGAACUUGCGAGAGUUCGGCUGUAUGGAGUGGACGUGACUCUGGAUCCAAAUACUGCAAACCCCUAUCUGGUGAUGUCCGACGAUGGGAAAACUGUACAAUGCAGUGAUGUUACACAGGUUCUCCCAGACAAGCCAGAGAGACUGUCCGCCUUUGGAGUCUUGGGAAAGCAAAGUUUCUCCUCAGGACGAUUUUACUACGAAGUUGAAGUUAAAGGGAAAACUAAAUGGGAACUAGGAGUGGUCCAAGAGUCUAUCGACAGGAAGUGUGAGAACGCCAUUUGCCCUGAAAAUGGCUACUGGGUUGUAUGGCUAAGAAACAGCCAUUACAGAGCUCUUACCGGGCCCUCUGUGCCUCUGGUUUUGGUGUCUGAGCCCCAGAAGGUGGGGGUUUUUGUGGACUACGACGAGGGUCUAAUUUCCUUUUAUGAUGCUGAGGCAGCACAUCUCAUCUUCUCCUUUACUAGCUGCAACUUCUGUGAGAAACUCUAUCCUUACUUCAGUCCCUGUCCUAGUGACGGUGGCAAAAACUCAGCCCCUCUGAUCAUUUCCAGCAUCAGCCACACAUUAAACUGAUUGCCCAAAUGCAGUCACAUGUCGCUUUAAGAAAACAUUUUUGAUUUACUCAAGUUACUUUUUUUUUUUUCCUCCAGGGGGUCUUUUGUGGGCUCUAGUGUCCCUUAUUUGACAGUAGGCUGACAGGAAAGGAGAGGGGUAAAGACAUGCGGCAAAUGUGGGUCGGGUACGGGAAUCGAACCCGCGACGGCUGCGUCGAGGACUUAAGGCCUCCAAAUGUGAGUCGCGCUAUCCCCUACGCCGCCACAGCACGCCCUACUCAAGUCACAUUUGACCUAAAAAUGUAUUGAUCUGAGACAUUUAAGUGAUAAAUGAAAAGCAAAAACAGAAGAAAUCUGUAAGAGGGAGAAAAGAGAAUAAACUUAACAGCUUUUGGCUGAACCUCAUUUCUAAUAAUUUUCUACAUCUUGUUCUACCCUUUGUUAGUAGCAUUAAAGUCCAUUACUCCUCCUUCCUCCUCCAGACAAAGUAUGAACUGAUAUCAAAUGUUUAACUGUUAUCUGAGAGGUACAGAAAGGCCAGCUCUGCUUUAACAACCUUUGUCAACGUCCUUGGGUGGAGAACUGGCAACAGGGACAGCAGGCUGACAGAAACAAUCAGUUGAGGUAAACUAGUGAGGUUCAACCCCACUUUGAGCUGUAUACACCUGAUCUAGUUCAAUAAUUCUAGAUUUUACUGGAGAUUUCUUGAGUACGUUUGAAAUUAUUUAAUAAUAUUUCUAAUCCCAAAUAAUACAAAAUGUUCCAGAGGUAUAUGAAAUGUGUAAAACACAAUAAUGUCUUUGUGAGACUUUAAAUAAAUGUGGAAUAUUAAUGUAUAGCGAUAGAUGAGAAUGUGAAUAUUGGCAGCUAGAACAUGACUGGAAAGAUCAAAUGAGUCACUGAAGAAAGGAUCUCUGGUGCCCUCUGGUGGUGAUUUAGAUUUAUUAACAACACCCAAUACUAGCAGUUGUGAAGAUGUAACCUUGCUAUGCCUUGAUAUUGGUGGUUAGCCAAUACCAGGCAAGCUCUAAAGAAACAUGAACAUUUUAAGAAUUUCUUAUUUGAUUUUUGUUUUGUUCCAUCAGCAAAUUUAUCGAAGAUGCAAGUUUUCACCUGGCCAAUGAUGGGACCACAUCUAAAUGAUUCUUAAGAUAUCAAAGGAUUAGGCCAUGGAAUAACAUAUUUGCCUCAACUAUGUUCACAUAAGAAAUAAAUCUGGGAACAUCUUGCAUAGAUUUGGUAAUUCUGCAUUUCUAACAUUGACUGAACCUACUCGAUCAAAACACACAUACACACACACAACAGAAUUAAGUAUGUCAUUUGUUUUUAUUGUGUUACAUGUGACCAUAAACUUCAGAGAAGUUACAGUUUCCAUGGAGAUACAGUAAAUAUAUUCAAUUACUUGAAUAGGAAAAAGAUGUCCCAGUUUGGACAGUCCUGUGUGUCUGGUAUCAACGUGAAGUGGAUUAAAAACGAGCGUGUGGAUUUUGAAAAAUAAAACUAACAUUAAAUAAGACAAAAGAACAGUGACCUAAAACUUUGAGCCGAAAAACAAAUGUUCAACAUAAACCCACAUACAAAAAGAGGAAUAAAUAAAACGAUAUUUCACAGACACGGCAACGACGACGUACAGUAAAGAUGGCAGCUUCCCUCCACGUUUUGUGUGUUGACGACAAGGGAGACGGGAAGGAAAACUGCACUCUUCCUCCUGUGGCAGGGGAUCGGCCUUUGGGUAUCUACGGGCGGCGGGCAUCUACCUGUGGAGUCAGACUUCAUAUGGCACCGUCCACACUACAACUCUACAGUAAACCCCAACCACAAUCCAAGUCUGAAUUCAAACUAUACGUUCUGUUGCACCCUGCCCACACCACCUCCUUUAAGCUACAAAACUUCACCCCAUGUCUGACUCUAAAAGGCACUGGUAUGUACUUAUUUCCACACAUUCUACCAUCUCAGGCAAUGAGGACGCACGGGAAAAAACAAACACACAUGCACUCGGGCCAGCCGGGCAACUUCCAGGGGUACAGCUGGCUCCUACGAACGCUACCGGUCUCUGUGUCCGGAAGCUUCCAUCGCUUAACAGUCUGCUGACGGCGGAGGCGGUCGGAUAUAUGUAAACGUCGACAAGGCUAACAUCAUAACAGGCGAAGACAUAAAUAAAAAAAAUAAAAAAACACAUUAAACCAGUGCUGCUGCUAAACUUACCAGGAUGUUCUAGUAAAACUCAAACAGGAGGAGGAAAACGGUUAGUGCACACAGUGAGAGUGUCCGCAGUGCCGCUCCGGAGGCUCCGGGCACGCCACCUGGAUUAUUUACACAGUGACUCCAACUGACUUCUACUCUAACACACAAAGAGUUUGGCUGCAAGUUUUUUGUACAUUUGGAAUGCUAUCAACAUGGCGACGGUUAGAAAAAGUCUUGCAAGUCUACGCGCUCUGAUGAGGAGCCUCAGAACAGAGUCUACUCUAGGUUACAUAUUGAAACGUUGAGGCUCAAAUGCGCUGGAGGAAGUGACUGAUGCUCUUUAUCGGACGUGCAGCGGAGCUGCUGCAGUCAGGCAGUGAAGUUCAAACAAAGUGUUUGAGCUUUGAUUUUGUCUACUCGGAGUCUAUUUUUGCCGUAUGCUAGUUCCCCACCAAUCCAGUCCACAUGUUAAACUGUUGCUGGUGCUUGCUUGGCACUCGUUUUUUCACUAAAUUGCCACAAAAAUAAAUAAAGAAGUUAUAUUUGGGCAAAGUUAUUUACUAGAGGUGCACUCAUGGACACCAGCAGUCGGAUAAAAUGGUUGUGAACACCAUGUUGUAAAAGUAGCUCAGUGCACAGAGUUGUUUUCACACUUGUAAUCUGAAACAAAAUGAAUAAACUCUUGUUUAUAUGCCGAUUGAAACAGCUUGUUUACCUCCAAUGUGCAGCUAUUUGGAAACGCCAACAAGACAUAACAGAUUCCACUUUGGCAUUCUAAAAGACGGCUCAUAAAUUAUUCAUACCCUUCGUAGAUUUUGAAUUCAAAUAAUUAUUUAAGGAAGCAAACAAAAAGAGCCCCGUAAGAGAUAAAGCAAUAUAAAAGGAGUAUCAGUUUUGAAAAAAAAUAAAAAAUCAAAGAAUAUUUGUUGUAUUUAUAUUUUAUAUAAAAAAUAUCAUUGCUGAAAAUAAUUUAGAUUGCAUUAUUGUCAUCACCCUAAUCUUUAGCACACUUAAAUUAGGACUUCAAUACAUUAAUGGUCCUUCCAACCAGAAGAAAAACUGUUGGUGGCAUUACUUACAGAAACGGUUCUCAACUCCAGAUUUAGAUCAACGUUUGCUUCCAAGCAGGAAGCUCUCAAUCAAACCAAAGGCGUCGACUUUGCGUGCAGACUCUACUCUCUGUGGUAAAUACAGAUUUAUCGUUCAUUUUCUGUCAUCUCUAACAGCAGACAACUAACUGGAACCAAA